UUGCGUCCAUCCUUGUUUACCGCAGUCGUCGAUUAGAGCGCAAUCGAUACUGAAGAAACUCCACACAAAAGAACAAGGUAUCGAUUUAUGAACAGCGCAACUCCCUCAACAUUUUCAAGGUUAGGGCAGUAGUUUAAACAGCCAAAAAAAAACUGCAUUGGUGUUUUAAGAUUCUCACAUCUGCGCCUCGUUUUCUCAGUAAUCUAAACUUUACCCAGUUAAAGCCUGAAUUGGAGUUAAAGCCUGAAUUGCCCAAGGUAUAAAAUAUGGCACGGUGGUGUGCUAUAUCGUUUGUGGUCUUUGGCGUGUGUUUCGUGGGGUUGAUUCGACCGAGCAUCCAGUCAUCCUGUACAUCAGACUGGUCCUACAUGACCAGUGAUGCGGCCGACCGCGGCCAUCGACUGGCCGGCCACCUGGUUCGCAACAUCACCGGUGUGCGUUCCCGGGCCGAGUGCCUGAGCUUUUGCCUGCGACAGGGCACCAGCUGCCUGUCCAUGAACUUCGCCGAGGCGCUGGGUAUCUGUCAGGUGAACGGAGCGACUAGGUCCAGCGAUCCGAGCGACCUGGUGGAAGACAAGGAUUUCGAUUAUUACGACCCACCCUCCAGCGGUCACUGGCAGGAUAGUGCAACCUUCACUUGUUCCGAUACCGACGUGUGCUUCAACUCGGGAUCCUGCACCGAGUUCUGCCAUCCGCCCUGGUUCCGAUGCGACUGCGCUGACGGGUUCGCUGGAGAGCAGUGCACCCUCUCCACAUCGUACGAUGGGGUGGCUUCGUCCUGCUCCGCCUACUAUUCAGCCGGCCAUACCACCAGUGGUGUGCUCCAGGUCAAACCGGACAGCGGCGCUGCCUUCGAUGUCUACUGUGACAUGACCACGGACGGCGGAGGCUGGGCCGUGUUUCAGCGCCGUUGGGACGGCUCAGUGGAUUUCUACCGCUCGUGGAGCGACUACGUCAAUGGGUUUGGCUCCCUCAGCGGCGAGUUUUGGUUAGGAUUGGAGAAGUUGUAUCGUCUGGCCUACACCACCCGAACCCUGCGCGUGGACCUGGUGGAUUGGGGCAACGGGGCCUACUAUGCACAGUACGCCUUCUACAUCCACGCUUCCAAUGACAGAUAUCGUGGUUUCUUCUGGAGCUACAGUGGCAAUGCAGGCGAUUCCCUGUCUUAUCACAACAACAACGUCUUUUCUACUUACGACUACGACGGGGACAACUCGGGCAGCAACUGCGCCUCCACUUACCACGGCGCCUGGUGGUUUAACAGCUGCCACCAUUCCAAUCUUAACGGGAAGUACUUCAACGGAGGUUACAACUCUGAGAAUGCUGUAGGGGCUGUCUGGUAUUAUCUACACGGGCACGGCUACGCGAUGAUGCAGACCUACAUGAAAGUGCGAUAAACGAAACGGACACUCGAUGUACUGCAACUUACAUGUGUUUGCUUCUCAAAACAUUGAGCGUUCUGCAUGCAACGGUUUCGUUUGGAACGUUCUUUGAACGUUCUUUGGGGAUAAUGCAUGGCUUGCAACCUAAUUUUCUCUACGUGUUCUUAAACGUUUGGGCCGAACAAGCGUUCACAAAAGGCGUUCCAUAUCGGAACACAUUUAUUAUGAUGGAAUCUUUAUUUUGUUGAGAGUAUGAAAAAUAGCCAAAACGUAAAUACGUUGUUAUGCCGAACCUUUUCAUUGAUUGAAGGUUGUGAAAUCAUGAUACUGUAGUUGACCUCGUAGGCCUACAUGUAUAUACAAAUAGGGCCAGAUUCAGCGUCCCUGAGCGCUGGGAACCAUCGAAAAUAAAAGCCUUAAAAGUAAGAUUUUCCUCUUUCCAAGAUUGUUUACCUCAUCGUUACUUAUCCCUUCAAGUCUUGGUUUAAAUUUCACAUUGUAAAAAUUCACUAUGUACAGAUUUAGUAUAAUACCACAUUUUUGCACAAUAAAAAGAUAGAAGCUAUAUGAUUCUUGUAAAGUUUAAAAAAAUAAAUACUCGUAUUAAAAGGGAAGAACUGAAUUAA